AACAAUCCUAAGGCAUCUACCGCCCACGCAUCGGCGCAGGCCCUCUGCCUGGCACGAAGCCGGCGGAUGGUGAACUGGCUGGCAAGCUUUUUUGCAUGCAUUCCGCUCUGCCGCAAACAUACCGCAGUUACCACAACGCGCUUACGGUAUGGGUGACGUGACAUACAGGCCUGCCAAUCCGCAACACCCGUCCUUCCCGCCCGAGCAACAUGCAACGAAUGUCCACCGUUACUGCGCUCAAACCUAGAAUUGAAGAACGAUCUAUUCUUCGUUUACCUGCUUCAACCUAGCAUCACGCACUUGGCUAGCUAAAUCGGUCAAAACCGUUGCAACAUUCGCGCCUCGCCGCGCCCGGUGCGAUGGCGCAAUGCAAACAUAGAGGUACUAUGCUUAAGAGGCUUCAGCAAUGCUGCCCGGCCAGCCUCGUGCUUGCCUGGGCGUUCCUCCUCGCGGCGUUCCUCCUGGGGCGUGCAUACGCUGUGUCAGGUCGUGUGUGUGAGCGCUCGGGCUACUGCUCCGCUGUCCCUGGCGGCAUCAAAGGCUACAUCGGACCUAUAGACAGCGCCCUUGAGCUCAAGGAGGCGGUGGAGGCGACCCACUUCAGGAAGGAGCUCAUCAUCUGGGCCGAUGAGCGGGUGGCGGACGGCGCGCAGGGGCUGUGGCGGCUGCGGGAGGCGGGCUACGCUCACGUGCUGGGCGUGCUGGAGGACGCCGUGCAAUGCAACCGGCUGCGGCAGGUGUUCCAGCCCUGGCUGGAGACCGAGGGACCAGUCACCUGCACCACAUACGCCACCGCGGAUGACAAGGGCCAGAACUACCCCUUCCGCUUCAAGUACUUUGCGCGGGGGGUGGGCAUGCCGCCCUGGUGGAAGAAAUUCUUCACCGCUGGCCGCGCGGUGGCUCUGGGCUACAACGUACUGGCUGUGGACCUGGACGUUGUGGUGCUGGACGACUGGUACUGGCGUGUGAAGCAGCCGCCCCUGAGCAGCUACCACAUGCUCAGCCAGAACGAGUGGGGACUCAACCUCAACUGCGGCUUCAUGUACUUCCAGAACGCCUCCUCCACCGGCCCCGUCAUGUGGGUGCUGUACGACCACAUGCACCGCAUCGUGCGCUGGUCCGAGGACGACUCCUAUCUGGCCGCCCGCUCGCCCGGCCGCUACGCCAAGCACCGCAUGCUGCCGCUCACGGAGCAGGGCAUGCUGCAGGACUGCGUGCACAGCUGCGCCGUGGGUCGGCCGCUGUACCCCGCCCUGCUGUCCCUCUGGGGCGACGACAAGGAGGCGUACGGCAGCCUCAACACCACCGAGCACGAGUUGUAUCGGGCCAUUCACGAGCCCAUCCACCAAGUCUGGCAGCCCAACCAGGUCCACAACCUGACUGCGCCGCUGUCCGACUCGGUGUGCGAGCACUACAUGGCCUCCAACUGCUCCGCGCCCCUGGACCACGUCACCAUCUCCACAGUCACACUCAAGAUGCCACACAGCGGCGGCCAGUACCCGGACUCGCUGGGCGGCUUCCCCUUCAACCGCACACUGGGGCCCCUCACGGCCGCCUACCGCCAGGCGUACGCCGACCUGGGCGUGCCGCUGCCACCCGAUCCCGAGGACCCCGUCACGGAGGCCGCGGCCCGAGCCACACCGCCCGAGAAGUUCGGCUACCUCGCCGUGCACCAGGGGGACCAGAACUGCAAUGGCUGCUGGGCAGAGGGCACCUGGUGGAUGGUGGGGCGGCACGGCUGGUGGCACCGGCACCUGCUGCAGCCGGGGCAGAGGAACAAACUGGGCAUGGGCCAUGUGUGGGCCAACCUGCCGCGGGGCGACUUCGUGAAACACAACAUCUUCCAGUGGAACGGCCAUUGGAGCUGGCGCAUUGCGGCCAGGGUGGCUCAGAGCCGCACCCGCAUCUACGUGGCCAACCAGGCGUUCGGCGGGCGCAGCUACGAGGACCUGCCCGAGCUGCGGCACACCGUGGCCUACGCGCCGGGCGUGGUGCACGCCGGACUGACCAAGGAGCAGUUUGUGCGGGCGGCUCAGGGCCUGGCGCAAGUGGCGGUGGUGCUGGGGGCCAUAGCCGCCUGGCCGGCACUGCCCUGCGACACAGACUGGGCCCUGACGCCCCAGGCCAAGGCGGCGGGCCUGCAGCGGCCGCUCAAGCACUCCAUCCCCUGGCCCCACAUCAACACGGGGCACGUGGCGAUGCCCUUCGGGGACACGCUGGAGAGCCUGCAGUGCGAGUGGCCCGGCUUUGGGCACUUUGACUGCCUGGCCAACCGCCAGCCCCGGGGCCAGGACGUGGGCCGCGGCAUGAUGGCCGUGGAGUUCCACCACCUGCGCAACACCACCGGCGCAGCGCCCUCGCCAGACACCACCAUCCUGCUGGGGGCUGCCGCCGGGCCGCCGCCGCCCGCUGGCUCCAGCUCCUUCACCGCGGUGCCGCAUGCGGAGCUGGAGCGACUCAACAGCCCGCUGCUGCUGCAGCGGCUGCAGCGUGAGACCAUGCCGGUGCUGUGGCUGGACCGGCUGCUGGAGCUGCCCGACCUGGCGCCCGGCAGCCCGGCGGGGGACACCUACAAGCGCUGGCUGGACCGCUGCCAGGCGCUGCACUACUUCACACUCAAACCCGAGCAGCGACAGAACUGGUAGCGCGGCGGGCGGAGGGCGACCUGGUAGCGAGGGGUGGUGGGGAGGACCAAAGCCACGUGUGGGCUCGGAGCGGCACGGCUAUAGGUUGGGGCUGUUUGUGUAUUUGGCAGAAGAGGAGCAUGGUGCCGCAAGCUGGUGUGCAGGUGUGGGUAAAGGCUUGAAGACGUGGGCUGGGAGGAGUGGGCCAGCGAGCGAGCGCGUGUUUAUGGUCUGUGGUAUGUGGCAGGAGGUGUGUGCGGAGCGACACGAGUGACUGCGUGGAGCGACCGGGCCGGGGUGUGAUCACGUGGUGUUGGGUGGCGGCAGGAUUGGCUGGGGUGGCCCAGUGAACCCAGUCAGUUAAGAGGAGGCGGUGUGUGUAGCUGAUAGGCCCGGAGGGCACGGGGCACAUGGGUGUGGCUCACCCUAGGUGCUGCGCGUUGCCUCAGCAGCCCGCUCGGAUUCUGCGCCGUGGCGUAUGUGUCAUUUCAAUCAAAAGCAGUAUGCACAUGCUGUGGACGCGUGACACACGUAAUACUACUUCAACGGAGUAGACCGGGUCGCAUGCUCGUGGGUAUCCUACG